AUGGCUCUCUCUGCUGCUUCGAUCUCGAAUACUUCCCGCAUUCUCUCUCCUUCUUCCUUUACAUUUUCUCAGCUUAACAACAACAAACUGACGAAGAUCUCUCCUUCUCAUUUCUCUACUUUAUCUCUUACUCCUCGCUCUUCGCUCUCCAGGAGGAGUUUUGUUUCCCAGAGGGGAAGAAGGGAGUCUUCGCACGUCCAUGUCUCGUGUUCGGUUAAAGCGGUUUUGCUGGAUGAAUCGAAGGAAAAGGCUCACCUUCUGAAAGGUGAUAUGUGGUCAGUUCAUAAGUUUGGUGGUACCUGUGUGGGAAGCUCGGAGAGAAUCAAGAACGUAGCAGAAAUUAUUGUUAAGGAUAGCUCAGAAGGGAAGUUAGUGGUUGUAUCGGCCAUGUCAAAGGUGACAGACAUGAUGUAUGAUCUCAUAAACAAGGCGCAAUCACGGGAUGAUUCCUAUGUAUCUGCUUUAGAUGCUGUUUUUGAAAAGCAUAAACUAACAGCAAUGGAUCUUCUUGAUGGUGAUGAUCUUGCUAGCUUUUUGUCCCGGUUACAUAAUGAUAUUAACAACCUCAAAGCCAUGCUUCGUGCAAUAUACAUAGCUGGUCAUGCGACGGAGUCUUUUUCCGACUUUGUUGUAGGACAUGGGGAGUUGUGGUCUGCACAGAUGUUGUCAUACCUUGUUAGAAAGAAUGGGCUAGAUUGUGAAUGGAUGGAUACAAGAGAAGUGCUUACUGUAAAUCCCUCUGGUUCUAAUCAAGUUGAUCCUGAUUUUGUGAAGUCUGAAAAAAGACUUGAAGAAUGGUUCUCUCGACAUCCAUCAAAGACAAUUGUUGCAACUGGUUUCAUAGCCAGUACGCCUCAAAAUAUUCCGACAACUUUGAAGCGGGAUGGAAGUGACUUCUCUGCAGCUAUAAUUGGUGCCUUGUUGAGGGCUCGCCAAGUCACAAUUUGGACUGAUGUUGAUGGGGUAUACAGUGCAGACCCCAGAAAAGUUAGUGAGGCUGUAAUACUAAGGACAUUGUCUUACCAAGAGGCUUGGGAAAUGGUGAACUUCGCCACUCUUCUUGUACCUUCCUAUUUUGGGGCAAAUGUCUUACAUCCCCGAACUAUUUUGCCUGUGAUGCGAUAUGACAUCCCCAUUAUGAUAAGGAAUAUUUUUAACCUCUCUGCUCCUGGGACAAUGAUCUGCUGGCCUGCUGAGAAUGAAGAUGGCCAGAAAUUGGAGUCAGCUGUCAAAGGUUUUGCAACUAUUGACAAUGUGGCUCUUGUGAAUGUUGAGGGAACUGGAAUGGCUGGUGUUCCUGGUACAGCUAGUGCCAUUUUCGGUGCUGUGAAAGAUGUGGGAGCUAACGUUAUUGUUAUAUCCCAGGCUAGUAGUGAGCAUUCUGUGUGCUUUGCUGUGCCUGAGAAGGAAGUGACAGCUGUUGCUGAGGCUUUGAAGUCUAGAUUUCGUGAAGCUUUGAAUGCUGGACGUCUUUCCCAGGUUGCAGUCAUUCGAAAUUGUAGCAUUUUGGCAGCAGUUGGCCAGAAAAUGGCUAGCACACCUGGAGUCAGUGCUACUCUUUUCAAUGCUCUGGCUAAGGCUAACAUUAAUGUCCGAGCCAUAGCUCAAGGUUGCUCUGAAUACAAUAUUACGGUUGUUAUUAAGCGUGAAGAUUGUAUAAGGGCUUUAAGAGCUGUCCACUCGAGGUUUUAUUUCUCGAAAACCACAAUAGCAAUGGGAAUUAUUGGACCUGGUUUGAUUGGUGCCACAUUACUUGACCAGCUAAGAGAUCAGGCAGCAUUCCUUAAGGAAGAUUUUAACAUUGAUUUGCGUGUUAUGGGAAUCACGGGCUCGAGAACAAUGCUUUUGAGUGAUGUUGGAAUUGACUUGUCAAGUUGGAGAGAACUUGUAAAGUAUAAAGGCGAAGUGGCUGAGCUGGAGAAAUUCAGUCAACAUGUACAUGGAAAUCAUUUUAUUCCAAAUACUGUUUUAGUAGACUGUACAGCAGACUCUAGUGUUGCAAGUUGUUAUCAUGAUUGGUUGCGCAGAGGAAUUCACGUAAUCACUCCAAACAAAAAGGCAAAUUCAGGACCACUUGAUCAGUAUUUGAAACUGAGAGCUCUUCAAAGGCAAUCCUAUACACAUUACUUUUAUGAGGCAACUGUUGGAGCUGGCCUUCCAAUUAUUAGCACUUUACGAGGUCUCCUUGAAACUGGGGAUAAAAUACUGCGCAUUGAAGGAAUUUUCAGUGGAACUUUGAGUUAUAUUUUCAACAACUUCAUAGGCGCACGAGCAUUUAGCGAUGUCGUGGCAGAAGCAAAGCAGGCAGGAUAUACUGAACCUGAUCCAAGGGAUGAUCUAUCUGGAACGGAUGUUGCCAGAAAGGUGAUUAUUCUUGCCAGAGAAUCUGGUUUAAAGUUGGAGCUUUCUGAUAUCCCUGUUCAAAGUCUUGUCCCUGAACCACUGAGAGCUGUUGCAUCUGCUGAAGAGUUUAUGCAGCAGUUACCACAAUUCGACAAUGAAAUGGCUAGGGCGAGACAAGAGGCUGAGGAUGCAGGGGAUGUACUGAGGUAUGUUGGGGUGGUGGAUGCGGUGAGUCAAGAAGGGAGUGUCGAGUUGCGAAGAUACAAGAAAGAUCACCCAUUUGCACAGCUCGCUGGUUCUGACAACAUAAUAGCUUUCACAACUACAAGGUAUAAAGAACAGCCUCUGAUUGUUCGUGGACCUGGUGCUGGGGCUCAAGUCACAGCUGGUGGAAUAUUCAGUGACAUAUUGCGACUGGCCUCUUACCUUGGUGCUCCAUCAUAA